AGGGGCGGGGCGAGCUUGCCUGCCAGAAGCUCCUCUCCCAGCCUGCGAGCAUUUCCAGGCUCUUGUUUCCCAUCAGCCUCUGGGUCCAAACUAACCACAGGUCUCUGGGUCCUUUUCCGGUGUCCUUAAGGUUCUUGGACUCUGCAUGGUUCCCUUUAGCCUGUCUUCGGGCCUGCCACAAUUAAAUGACCGCAAGAAAGAAAUCUAUGCUAAGCCCCAUAAUGAACGUUUCAAGCAAGAAGGAUGAGAAUUUUAGAUCUGGAAGUGUCCGCGGGACAGGACCUUGUCAAGACCUGAUGGGGAAGUUCUAGAGGUGGGAUUCCUAGAAGAGGCGCCUCUAGGAGCUCUUUGGUGUGCUGCCAGGUUGCCAGAUUUCUAAGAAGGAGUUUGAAGAGGAGAAAAGGAUUUUUGCAUGUUUAGAAAUCAAGGUUCAGGAGAAUCUUGCCAGUGAACGUGUCUCAUUACAUUGAAUAACAGCUACAGGAUGUUCGAGAGCUGUUCUGGCUUCUCUGGAUUCUUUGCUUCACCAAUAGAGGAAUCCCAUGGAGCAUUAAUUAGUUCUUGCAAUUCCAGAACCAUGACUGAUGGGUUGGUGACAUUCAGGGAUGUGGCCAUCGACUUCUCUCAGGAGGAGUGGGAAUGCCUGGACCCUGCUCAGAGGGACUUGUACGUGGAUGUAAUGUUGGAGAACUAUAGUAACUUGGUGUCACUGGAUUUGGAGUCAACAACAUAUGAGACCAAAAAAAUAUUUUCAGAAAAUGAUAUUUUUGAAAUAAAUUUUUCCCAGUGGGAGAUGAAGGACAAAAGUAAAACCCUUGGCCUUGAGGCAUCCAUCUUCAGAAAUAAUUGGAAGUGCAAAAGCAUAUUCGAGGGACUAAAAGGACAUCAAGAGGGAUACCUCAGUCAAAUGAUAAUCAGCUAUGAAAAAAUACCUUCUUACAGAAAAAGUAAAUCUCUUACUCCACAUCAAAGAAUUCAUAAUACAGAGAAAUCCUAUGUUUGUAAGGAAUGUGGGAAGGCUUGCAGUCAUGGCUCAAAACUUGUUCAACAUGAGAGAACUCAUACAGCUGAAAAACACUUUGAAUGUAAAGAAUGUGGGAAGAAUUAUUUAAGUGCCUAUCAACUCAAUGUGCAUCAGAGAUUUCAUACUGGUGAGAAACCCUAUGAGUGUAAGGAAUGUGGGAAGACCUUUAGCUGGGGAUCAAGCCUUGUUACACAUGAGAGAAUUCACACUGGUGAGAAACCCUAUGAAUGUAAAGAAUGUGGGAAGGCCUUUAGUCGUGGCUAUCACCUUACCCAACAUCAGAAAAUUCAUAUUGGUGUGAAAUCUUAUAAAUGUAAGGAAUGUGGGAAGGCCUUUUUUUGGGGCUCAAGCCUUGCUAAACAUGAGAUAAUUCAUACAGGUGAGAAACCUUAUAAAUGUAAAGAAUGUGGGAAGGCCUUCAGUCGUGGCUAUCAACUUAUUGAGCAUCAGAAAAUCCAUACUGGUAAGAAACCUUAUGAAUGUAAAAUAUGUGGAAAGGCUUUUUGUUGGGGCUAUCAACUUACUCGACAUCAGAUAUUUCAUACUGGUGAGAAACCCUAUGAAUGCAAGGAAUGUGGGAAGGCUUUUAAUUGCAGAUCAAGUCUUAUUCAACAUGAAAGAAUUCAUACUGGUGAGAAACCUUAUGAAUGUAAAGAAUGUGGAAAGGCCUUUAGUUGGGGUUCAAGCCUUGUUAAACAUGAGAGAGUUCAUACUGGUGAGAAAUCCCAUGAAUGUAAAGAAUGCGGAAAGACCUUUUGUAGUGGGUAUCAACUUACUCGACAUCAGGUAUUUCACACUGGUGAGAAAUCCCAUGAAUGUAAAGAAUGCGGAAAGACCUUUUGUAGUGGGUAUCAACUUACUCGACAUCAGGUAUUUCACACUGGUGAGAAACCCUAUGAAUGUAAGGAAUGUGGGAAGGCUUGCAGUCAUGGCUCAAAACUUGUUCAACAUGAGAGAACUCAUACAGCUGAAAAACACUUUGAAUGUAAAGAAUGUGGGAAGAAUUAUUUAAGUGCCUAUCAACUCAAUGUGCAUCAGAGAUUUCAUACUGGUGAGAAACCCUAUGAGUGUAAGGAAUGUGGGAAGACCUUUAGCUGGGGAUCAAGCCUUGUUACACAUGAGAGAAUUCACACUGGUGAGAAACCCUAUGAAUGUAAAGAAUGUGGGAAGGCCUUUAGUCGUGGCUAUCACCUUACCCAACAUCAGAAAAUUCAUAUUGGUGUGAAAUCUUAUAAAUGUAAGGAAUGUGGGAAGGCCUUUUUUUGGGGCUCAAGCCUUGCUAAACAUGAGAUAAUUCAUACAGGUGAGAAACCUUAUAAAUGUAAAGAAUGUGGGAAGGCCUUCAGUCGUGGCUAUCAACUUACUGAGCAUCAGAAAAUCCAUACUGGUAAGAAACCUUAUGAAUGUAAAAUAUGUGGAAAGGCUUUUUGUUGGGGCUAUCAACUUACUCGACAUCAGAUAUUUCAUACUGGUGAGAAACCCUAUGAAUGCAAGGAAUGUGGGAAGGCUUUUAAUUGCAGAUCAAGUCUUAUUCAACAUGAAAGAAUUCAUACUGGUGAGAAACCUUAUGAAUGUAAAGAAUGUGGAAAGGCCUUUAGUUGGGGUUCAAGCCUUGUUAAACAUGAGAGAGUUCAUACUGGUGAGAAAUCCCAUGAAUGUAAAGAAUGCGGAAAGACCUUUUGUAGUGGGUAUCAACUUACUCGACAUCAGGUAUUUCACACUGGUGAGAAACCCUAUGAAUGUAAGGAAUGUGGGAAGGCUUGCAGUCAUGGCUCAAAACUUGUUCAACAUGAGAGAACUCAUACAGCUGAAAAACACUUUGAAUGUAAAGAAUGUGGGAAGAAUUAUUUAAGUGCCUAUCAACUCAAUGUGCAUCAGAGAUUUCAUACUGGUGAGAAACCCUAUGAGUGUAAGGAAUGUGGGAAGACCUUUAGCUGGGGAUCAAGCCUUGUUACACAUGAGAGAAUUCACACUGGUGAGAAACCCUAUGAAUGUAAAGAAUGUGGGAAGGCCUUUAGUCGUGGCUAUCACCUUACCCAACAUCAGAAAAUUCAUAUUGGUGUGAAAUCUUAUAAAUGUAAGGAAUGUGGGAAGGCCUUUUUUUGGGGCUCAAGCCUUGCUAAACAUGAGAUAAUUCAUACAGGUGAGAAACCUUAUAAAUGUAAAGAAUGUGGGAAGGCCUUCAGUCGUGGCUAUCAACUUAUUGAGCAUCAGAAAAUCCAUACUGGUAAGAAACCUUAUGAAUGUAAAAUAUGUGGAAAGGCUUUUUGUUGGGGCUAUCAACUUACUCGACAUCAGAUAUUUCAUACUGGUGAGAAACCCUAUGAAUGCAAGGAAUGUGGGAAGGCUUUUAAUUGCAGAUCAAGUCUUAUUCAACAUGAAAGAAUUCAUACUGGUGAGAAAACUUAUGAAUGUAAAGAAUGUGGAAAGGCCUUUAAUUGUAGAUCAAGCCUUGUUCAACAUGAAAGAAUCCAUACAGGGGAGAAACCCUAUGAAUGUAAAGAAUGUGGGAAGGCUUUUAGUCGUGGCUAUCACCUUACUCAACAUCAGAAAACUCAUACCGGUGAGAAACCUUUCAAAUGUAAGGAAUGUGGGAAGGCCUUCAGUUGGGGUUCAAGCCUAGUUAGGCAUGAGAGAGUCCAUACUAAUGAGAAGUCUUAUGAAUGUAAAGACUGUGGGAAGGCCUUUGGUAGUGGCUAUCAACUUAGUGUUCAUCAGAGAUUUCAUACUGGUGAGAAGCUUUAUCAACGUAAGGAAUUCGGGAAGACCUUUACUCAUGGCUCAAAACUUGUUCAUGAGAGAACUCAUAGUAAUGAUAAACCCUACAAAUAUAACGAAUGUGGGGAAGCCUUUCUGUGGACAACUUACUCAAAUGAGAAAAUUGAUACUGAUGAAACCUUAUGAUUGAAAGUUGUAAAAGAAUAUUUUGUGUGUGUGUAUAGACAACUUAUCAUAAUAAGAACUCUUACUCUUGAGAAACCUUGUGAAUGUAAGGGUUGUGCAAAAGCCAUUCAUUUCUGUUUAUGGGCAAUUAUCUUGCUAUCCAGCAAUUCAUACUAGUGAGAAAUAUUUUGAAUAUAACUAAUAUGAAAAGGCCUUUAGACUUCUGUACAGUCUUAUUGGAUAUCAAUUUAUACUGAUGUAAAAUCAUUUAAAUGUAAGGAAUGUGUGAAGAUCUU